AGAUUAACAAUGGCUGAACGAGGAUACAGUUUCUCUCUUACUACCUUUAGCCCGUCUGGGAAGCUGGUCCAAAUUGAAUAUGCCCUUGCAGCGGUGGCCGCAGGUGCACCUGCAGUCGGAAUCAAAGCCUCAAAUGGAGUGGUCUUGGCAACAGAGAAGAAACAAAAAUCCAUCCUGUAUGAUGAGACCAGUGUGCACAAGGUUGAGCCCAUAACCAAACACAUUGGCAUGGUGUACAGUGGAAUGGGGCCUGACUACAGGGUGCUUCUACGGAGAGCCAGAAAGUUGGCUCAGCAGUAUUUCCUGGUGUACCAGGAGCCCAUCCCUACUGCUCAGCUGGUUCAGAGAGUGGCCUCUGUCAUGCAGGAAUACACACAGUCGGGGGGUGUCCGUCCUUUUGGGGUGUCCUUGCUGAUUGCUGGUUGGGAUGAGGACCGACCAUACCUCUUCCAGUCUGAUCCGUCUGGAGCAUAUUUUGCCUGGAAAGCCACUGCCAUGGGGAAGAACUAUGUCAAUGGGAAAACAUUCCUUGAGAAAAGAUACAAUGAGGACCUGGAACUGGAAGAUGCCAUCCACACAGCAAUCUUAACAUUAAAGGAAAGCUUUGAGGGUCAGAUGACAGAAGACAAUAUUGAAGUGGGGAUCUGCAAUGAAGCAGGCUUCAGGCGACUCUCACCCACCGAAGUGAAAGACUACUUGGCAGCCAUCGCAUAAAAGAAAUGUGACUUGUUAAUGAUUUGUGUUCAUCUUUUGGUUAUUGCUAAAAUAAUUUGACUACUGUAUUUUCAACAUAACAGCAUUUAUUUGUUUGUAUUCCAGUACCACCUUCCCCUCUGACAACCAACCAAUCAAUAAAUCAAUAAAUGCCAGAAAGUAA